AUGAUCAGCGACGGUGAGAUCUUAGCUGAAAUAUUGUGUAUAAUCGAUAACAACCCUUCGCCCAGUCUUCUCUUCGGUGCUCCGGCGAUAUCGAUAUCUCAACUCGAAAACAGUCUCAACCUCUCCACUGCAUCCUUGGAACCCGAUCGAAUACUCAGAAUUAUCCAACCUCUAUCAGAAACGUUAUUCGAUAUCCCUCGAUAUGCUCAAUUGAAAGAAAUAAAACGAGGAGAUUCGAUCCAACAUUGGGUUGUUUUUACUCCGAUUGAAACGAGGCCCAAACCUGUCACGAUAUCUUCACCUCCCAUUGCCAAGGUGUCUAUACCGAGUAGGAAGGCAAGUUUGGGCGAUCGGUUGAAAGCUGUUGCAGCUGUGAAACAAUCCUUGUCUGGAAAUCCGGAUGAACCCGAAAUAUCGAGAAUACAGAGGGUAGGGAUUGAUGGACCGGCGUUGAUUAUGAGUGAAGAGGUCUCGGAGAAGAAGAGAACUUUUGGAUCAUGGUCGAAUUCUCUUUUUUCAACUAGCUUGCCAACUCUGGCUAGUCGUGAUAAUCUUCAAUCGUCCCCAAAAAGUAAUGACAAACUUUUUCAACCUCUGAUGGAACGACAUAGCUUACCCAAAGAACAAGUUCCCAAGGAAAUUGCCCGACAUUCAAGAGAUGUUACACAGUUCAAAAUUCAGCGACCUACCACUGCGAUGGAUAGGGGAAUGUCAUCGAUGUCAUCAUCAGGUAACGAACAGGAUGAAACUUCUGAUUCUGAAGGUGCAUUCGACUUACAAGAUCUUCUCGAUCAAUCCACUUCUUCUUCAUCUCCUACUUCUCCUCUUCGAGCAUCCAACAUAUAUCUUAAAUCACCAAUUGCCCACUCACCACCCUUAUCACCCGUCGAGUCGAAAAAUGUAAAACCCCCGCCUUCCUUCAAUCAUACUUCCACAUCGGUGAUCCCACUUGAGAAACCAGUGAAAGAGAAUAUGAAGCCAAUACCCGAAACUCAGUCAGACGUAGUAGAAGAGGAGUAUUUUUCAUUCCGUCCGCCUGCUCUCUCACCCAUAUCAUCUCCACCAAUUGACAGCGAAUAUGAAGACUUAUCACUUACACCUCCACAUCCCUCUUCCUCUAAUACGUUUACCGUCAAAGAUCAAGAUGGACAGAAAGAGGAGCUCGUCAAUGUUCCGCUGGAGAAUGACGUUUUGGUUGAGGUGGAAGAAGAUGGAGAAGAUUAUUUUUCGUUCGUACCACCAAACCUCACUUCGGAUCCCUUGAGUCCAGAGGGUAGUUCGACCUCUUUGGGUCAUUAUUCGGAUCCCCCACCUGCGGUUUUUGAACAAGAAUCUCAUGAUUCGUCUCUGGGUACGACACAAGAGAAUGUCAACAUACAUCGCGCCAGCUCUGUAACAGAUUCUUCAAGGAAAUUUCCUCUUGAGGUUGACCUUGACUUCCGUCCUCCCAAAACCGAAUUUGAGGUAAACUCAACACCAAAAAAACGGUCAAUAGCUAUUCCCACUCCUCCGUCAACACUCAAAUUCUCCCCCGUGCCCGAUCGAACCGCGACUCCCGCGCAAGAACCAUCACCAACGGUUCAGCUUCCCUUGAUGAAUCAUGGCCAAGUACAAGUACAGGACACCGACUCAUCUCCCAAUAGCCUCACAGAGGAGGGAAAGGAGAAGAGGGAGAAAACCGAGGAAAAGGAAGAAGAUGAGGAAGAGGAAGAAGUAUUCAUGAUCCUCGAUUUAGAUCGUGGUGUUCAAUUACCUCUCUCUGAAUCUGCUUCUGCCCUCCCUACCAACCCCCAAGACUCUGCCGGUACAACCCAAGCUUUUCACUCACACUCAGACUUUCCCUUCCACCCACAAUCAGCUCAGGGAGAUAAACGUGUUAAAAGUAUGCCAGACAAUGACUCAUCAUCUAAAAGUGGUCUUUACUUGACUAUCAAUCCCCUUCAUGAUCCUUCAUCUCAAAUUGACGUUACUCACAAACCUUCUUUGACUCUCGAAGAUCCAAGCAGUCCACAUGGCCAGGACGAAAAGAAUAUCACAUUAGGACAAAGAGAGGAUAAAGAGGAUAUGUUGGUAAGAGUUAAAAGUCCAACUGAUCACCAAUCUUCAUUCUACAGAAGAAGUGAGGGAGAGAUGAAAUUUGGACAAGAUCAAGAGGAUGUUCUAUCAGAUAAGAGUUCACAAAGUGAUAAUCCUUUUUCUUACGAUUUAUCUCGAUUUGGUUCUCCUACUUCCUCAACUUCGACUUCUUCUAUAACAUCACCGAAUUCCCCAAAAUCCCCUAGAUCUCGAAUUUACACAUCUGGUAUUGAUUCUCCCUCAUCAACAUAUGCGAAAGAUCAUGGUCGAACUGUUGGGUCGGUUCCCUCGUUAUUGAACAUAGGCAGAGGAGAACCUCCCUUCUAUCAUUCAUCAAGAUUGACUGUCACGGAAGACAAAUCGUCCCCAGCGCCUAGUUUCUCGAACUUGGAUUUGAACGCGGACCGAAUUGUUCGGGUUAUCCAACCUCAGAUAAUUGAAGAUCCGAAUUGGACGAAGCAUCACAGAAAAAUGACGAAGGAUAGUUUAACGAAGCGGGAUGGGAAUGGGAAUACGGAGGAAGGGGGUGUACACGGCCUAACUCCACAUUCAUCAUCUUUUCACGGAGGACAGGUAGAGGAAGAGAAUCAGGGGUUCGAGUCCCUGUCGGAGGAAGACAGACAGUCUAUGUUUCAACACCAUAAGCGAGAACACGUCCCUGAGUCCGGUGAGAUCUGGGUCGACCAGAUAGAGAAUAGACAGGUACAUGAUGAUGAUGAUGAGCCAGAACUCCAAGAUGAAGAGAGUGAUGAAGCAGAGCUUUACGAUAAAGAGCAAUACGAGAAUAACGAUUGGGAACAAGAUCAAUAUCAAGACGAUCCCUUGAACGAAGAGCCAGCCCAUAAGGGUUUCUUGCAAGAUCAACUAAUUUACUCUAAUGACCUUCACAACAAUAUUGACCCUGCCUCUAAUUAUACUUAUCCCGAACAACCCCAAUUAUCUCCGGGCUCGGUCUAUGAGAAUUCUGAGUCUUUGUACUCGGACCAUGGUUCGGAAGGAAGAGAUAACUUCUUGGCUGACCAAGGUUAUUUUACUGAAGGUUUCUCCCAGAUAGAUUUGGAUGUUGAUGGUAAGGACGAGCUGGAUCAGGAGGACGAAUUGAAUCCGAAGGACGAGUUGACUCCGAAGGACGAGUUGAAUCUGAAGGACGAGCUGAAUCAGGAGGACCAACUCGUUCAAUCAGAAGACAAACCUGUUUCCUCAGAACCUUCAUUGGUUGAUAAGGAUUUGAGAGUCAUAAACAAAGUUGAUACAGGGGAAACAGUGAUAGAUCAGGGUUUGGACAACGAAGAAGAAUCCCUCGAUUCCAAGAGUGUGGAAAUUACAAAACGCAGUGUGGACGUUAACGACCAAGAAGAUCAAUCGUCGGAAGAAAAAUCUCUGAGAAAACAUGAACGAAGAAAACAAGAAGAAAUAUUUACGAAUUUACCUUUUAAACCAUAUCUUCCUUCUACAUUACGUUCACAUUUAUCGAAUCAUACUUCAUUAGUAGUAUACGAACUUACUGGUCUGAUCAUUUUGAUACUUUUCUUACUUCCAUCUUAA